UAACUGCUAGAAGUCUCUCACACACUCCAACCCAUUAUGCACUUCACUUCUGCUCUUUAUCUUCUCUCGACUCAACACUACUUACUAAAUCUUCACCAAAUCUAGACUUCCAAACGCAACAGUAGACCAAAUUAUGAAGUGGGGUGGAAAAAAACCUUCUCCUUCUCCUUCUUCCUCUUCUAGGCCUUCUUUUGCAUCUCAUGUGUCUCCUUUUUCAUGGCUUUCCAAGUUCAAGCAUAUGAGAAUAAACUCAGACCCAAAACCUGCCGCACUGAAGCAAAAUGCAAAGCAGAAUUCAACUCCAUCAGAUACCUCGCCCCAUUAUGCUUGUGGGAAUAAUAGAGGCAGGUUUUAUGGAGGGGAUGAUGAGGCUUUCUGGAGACUCUCAUUUGGUGAAGAGGGUAAUGAGCAUAGAAAAAGUGAUGAUAUUCUGAAGCCGGUAAAGUACAAAUUGGAUGCUGAACAUGUCAUUCCAUCCUCGAGUUUCCCCGGUGGAUUGAAUAAUGCUAAAAGACAAGGUAGAAGAGAAGUCACUCAGAAGUUGAAGCAGAAGGACACUGAACUGAGAGAAGAAACAACAUUGCUGAAUGAAGCUGCAAGGAGUGUAAAAGAACUCGAAUCCUUGAGGAGGCGAUAUGAGAGGAAAGCACAAAGAGUUUUGCAAGAGCAGCUCUUGAAAUUGGAAAAGGCAGAAGAGGAAUCUCAGUUUGCAUCAAGUCCGUUCUUAGAAAAUGAUGUGCAGCAAUAUGAGUCACCCAGAACAAUUUGCACACCAAGGAAGCAUUUGUUUGUCGAUUCAAAGAGUUCUGGCCUUGGGUAUCUAAGAGAAGCCCGAGUAAGUAGUCCCCAAUUGGAUUCUGAGUUGCAUAAUUUGAAACAAACUGAGGAGUUGAAAUUGAAAGCAAAGAGUAACCAACAAAUGCAAUCGCUUCAUGUGAGCAGAGAAAACCAGAGGAGGAAACCAAAGCACAACUCCAAGGUUAGAGUACAUUCUCCAAGAAUGGGUUCCAAAGUUGAAGUCCGAAAAAUAAAGGCAAUAGAAGAGAAGAAGAAAGCAAAACUGAAGAUGAAAAAAGAAGAGGAAAUUGUGGAGGAAACAGAAGGGUUAGAUAGCUUUGCGGUGGUGAAAUGUUCUUUGGAUCCACAGAAGGAUUUCAGAGAUUCAAUGAUUGAGAUGAUCACAGAGAAACAGAUCAGCCAGCCAGAAGAAAUGCAAGAUCUGCUAGCAUGUUAUCUGACUUUGAAUUCUAAUGAGUACCAUGAUCUCAUCAUCCAAGUGUUCAAACAAGUAUGGUUGUGCAUGAGCCGAGCCAGUUCGGGUAUUCAAUCACACAAGCAAUGCUGUUGUUGUGAUUAACAACAAAAUGUUUAGCCUGUAGGAAAGAUUGGCAGAAUUGUGAAUAGUUACCCUUGUCCUAGUUAUGCUCUAAGUUUACUUGAAUUUCUAUA